AUGUCUAUAACAUGCCGUUUAAUGUGUGAACAUGAAUUCACAUCGGAAUUUGAAUUAUUUGUUAUGAAAACAUUUUUUCAAUAUGAACCAAUGAAUAUAUGUUUAAAAACGAAAAUACCCGAUGAAAUUGAUUUACCCUGGUUCAAAGAAGUAUUACACAAAGCUAAAUAUGAUAAUAUUAGCUUGGCAUUUUAUGAUACAAAAUAUCAUCAUUCUUUACCGAUUGCUUAUGCCAUUAAUCAUCAUGAUAAAAUAAAUGGUCAUGAUCAUUCCGAUAGUCUCUACUUAUCAUCAAAUAAAACUUGUGUAUUUAAAUAUGAACAUAUUAGUGAACUGAUAACUAAACUACACGAAAAUAUUAAUCUAUUUGAAAAAUUUAACUCGGAAAAUUUAUUUCAUAUCUAUUUUCUGGGCGUUGAUCCAAAUUAUCGACAAAGUAAAUUAGCUACCCAACUAAUUGAUUCAUCAAUAUCUGUUGCAAAACAGAAACAAUUUGAUAUGGUUUAUGCUGAUGUUACAGGUGAUUAUUCAUUAAAUGCAUUUCUUAAACAUGAUUUUCAAAUAAUAAAAUCAAUUGAUUAUGAUUCCUACGAAAAUUCAUACGGCGAAAAAGUUUUUCAAAACAUUCAUAUACAUAAAGGUUGCUCCAUUGUAAUAAAAGAUUUACGAACUAAAUAA